UUGAAGUUUGUUGUAGUCCCGACUGGCCAACCCUCUUUCCUCGUGUCAGCGGUGCAUCUACAGCGGAUCUCGGAGGCAGUGAAUUGUCAUCGGGAAUUUCCUGCGUUUAAAAUCAAAAAUUCACACCGGAGAAAAGUUAUAUUAAUAAUAACUUCAAUCAGCAAUGGCCUGUCCUCUUCAGACUGAGAAAAUCUGGGUGCAGAAGAAUCUCUACAAUGAAGCUGAGAAGAAUUAUAUGAUUCACUUGGCGAAGCUGCCUAACGGAUCUGAAUUGAAGCAAGCAAAGGUCCAAGCGAAAAUCGUGAAGCCGGUGGUUGAGUUGAGUGAAGUGACCAAGCCAAAUUCGGAUACUAGUGCACCACCGCAAAGUGAUGCUGCGCCGUCGUUGCUAAGCGAUACAAAGAAAGAGAAAAAGAAGAAAAACAAACGGAUCAAUAAAAGCAGUGAAACUGCACGUACGACCAGUGCGGAAACCAACAUGGAAGUGCAGCAGGAAACUCAAGCGCGAACUCAGACUGUAAGUCCACCGAAGCUUGUCAGGGAGACAGAAGAGAAAGACAAGGAGGAGGCUUCCGCGAGCGUUCAAAGCGCAAAGAAAUCGAAGAAAGAUCGUUGGCGGAAUCGUCGCAACAAGAAUGCAAAUAGCAAAGAUGAACAGCUCGUGAGUGAAGCAACUAAUCAAGCUCUCAACGGAGACUCUGAGGGAAACGAUCAUUCACAAGAUGAGAAAAAAGUCGGUUCGGGAGCCAACCAAGGCACUCUUGUAUCAGAGAUCGCUAAAGCCAGACAGCAUAUUAAAAACUCUCUGGAACGGAUGGAUGGCAUCGCUGCUCUAGCUGCUGCCUCGCCUGGAGGUGAUGUCCUUCAACGAUUGGCAAAUUUGGAGAUCGAGAACAAGAAUUUGGUCGAACUUACCACCUUACUUAAAAAGACUCUAACCGAGACACAAAAUCGUGUUGAAACACUCGAAAAUCGCUUGAAGACCCUUAGCAUUUCGGGACCGGCAGAAGCAACAAAACAACCAAUCAAAAAUGGAGCACCUCCAGCACCAAAGAAGGAAGAAGACGCAGAUGAUGAUGAUGGUGUCGAUUUGUUUGGAUCUGACUCCGAAGAAGACGAAGCAGCAGCUAAAGUACGAGAGCAACGUUUGGCUGAAUAUGCAGCAAAGAAAUCGAAAAAGCCGGCGUUGAUCGCUAAGUCAAGUUUAGUACUUGAUAUCAAACCCUGGGACGAUGAGACUGAUUUGAAGUUAAUGGAAGCAGAAGUCCGAAAAAUUACUUCAGAUGGUCUACUGUGGGGUGCAUCGAAAUUCGUACCGGUUGCUUUUGGCAUUAAAAAAUUGACUAUUUCAUGUGUAGUCGAAGAUGAAAAGGUCUCUAUAGAUUGGCUUACAGAGCAAAUUGAACUGAUUGAGGAUUACGUUCAGAGUGUUGAUGUUGCAGCAUUCAAUAAAAUUUAAAGCGAGUGUGUUAGACAUAUUGGAUAAAUUUGUUCUUACUAUAUUCAAAUUUACGCAUCUAUGCCAUUUCAAAAUAAAAAACAACUAGAGUACUCAUAAAAAUC